ACCCACAAGAAGAAGAGGAGUCAAGAUCAAGCAGUCCUCCUCCUCCACCGCCACUCGGGAUUGUCAUGUCACAUAUUCAGUAUCUCGACGACCUGGUCAAGGAAUAUCUGCUCUUCCGCGGCUUCACGCACACUCUUAGGACACUCGACAAUGAAAUCAAGAUCGACAAGGACAAGGGCUUCAGGGUGGACCGACUGGUGGACCAGAUUGUCAGCAGCAUCCAGACCUAUGACCUCCUGGGGCUGCGGGAGCUGUGGGCACACCUCGACAGGAGAAUAUUUGCCCGCCUGCCCCACACACUGCUCCCCUGUGUGCGGAAACUUGAGACCAGCAUCCUGCGCCUGUACGUUGUCAACACCAUCCAGACCAACAAGAAUGAGAAGCUGACCGAAUUCUUUGAGAAGAUGGCAGCAGACUUGCAGAGUCAGACAGAGUGGCGAGAGUGGUUCAUUUUGCCUUACCUGAAGGGGGUGGAGGAGAACCCAUCCUUCGCCAUGUACUUCACACGGCAGUGGCAAGACACUCUUCUGGUCUCCCUGCACAACUUCUUUGCCGUCAUCUUCCAGAGCCUAGAGCUGCCCACCCUGGCCAGCUACCAAGAGGAGGCCUCCAAGAUUGCGCGUUUGCAGGAGGAGAAUGAGCAGCUUCGUGUCCGCCUUUCAGCCCUCACCACCAGCGACCAGAGCAGCCUGGAGCUUCUGAAUGCCCCCGAACCUCCUCCCCCCCCACACCUCAUGGAUGACUUCUACAACAUUGCCCAAGAAGCGCCAUCAACUGACAAUCAAGGGAAAUUCAUCAAGAACAUUUUGUUUGGCUUCGGCGCCGGGUUGCCCACCUCCCCGAUCCUGGGGCGGCGAGGGGCCACGGCCACAACCACAAUCCCGGCAGCCACGGCACCCCAGCAGGCCAGCCCAUCCACCACCCAGGCCCCAGCAGGCACUCAGGUGUCCAGCCACUCAGCAUUAAGAAGAACCUCCACACAAGUUCCAGCUGAGGAAAAGAAAAGAACUAGAUCGUCAAGUGUUGCUGGUACUUCUUCCAAUCGCAACAGUGUACCAGAGCACGUCCCUGUCAAGAGACUGGUCCAGGCCACUUCUGUUGCAGGGGGACGUUCCUCUCGCUCCCCAACCAAGGCCCGGCCGCAGGAGGAGCUAUCAGUGUCCUCCAAGCUGGAUGUGACAAGCGACAAGUCAUCCUUCCUGCUGUUGGGACAGGAGGAGUACAAUGAGCACAGGGCAGUGGUGACACACGCAGUGUUCAACCCCUCUGGCACCCUGGUGGCCUCUGCAGACAUCGAUGGCGUGGUGAAGCUUUGGUCACCCUCCCCUUCCCCAAGAACACACUGUGGGGUGGUGGUGAAGAGCUCAGUCACGGCAGUGGAGUGGCUACCAAGAGGGGAACGCCUCCUCCUGGUGGCCACCAAGACAGCUACCCUGCGUCUCUUUGACACUAGAGACAAGAAGACUGUAUGGGAGCUUGGGCCGGAGACUUGCCACGUUCUCAAGGAUCAGAGGAUAAUGGGAGUGAAGAUGAGUCCCAGUGAAACGAGUGCAGUGGUGAGCGUGGUGCCUCGAGUCCGGCCACAGGGCACCUCCACCUCCCCGGCACCCCCAGCUCUCCACACCCUGGACAUGAAGAGCCAAAAGAUUGAUAGUUCUUACAAGCUGGAGGGUGGUGUGGUGAACAGCUGCAUCAUGAACCACAACGGGGGGCUGCUGGUGUGUGGCUGCAAUGACGGCUCAGUGCGCAUCAUUGACCUGCGGCGGCCUGACGUGGUGGCAUCCUGGCCCGCCCACCAGGGAGAGGUGUUCACUGUGCGACUCUCACCACAGGAGAACAACAUCUACACUAUUGGCAGUGACAACAGGUUUGCCUGCUGGAGCAUGGCCCAGACUGGAGCACACAUCAUGGAUCAGGUGCUGCAUGAGCGUGCCGCCGGGCCCUUCCUAGUGGGGGUGGGUGGGGCCUCAGGAGGGUCUGGGGGGCGCAGUGUUCUCCUCCGGCCAUAUGGACCACUCUUUGCUCUGCACCAGGAUGGAGAGCACCUGCUUACCUGCUCUCCCACAGGACCGAUUAUCUAUAAGGUUGGAGACACAGGGCUGGAGCAGGUUAUGGCGAUGGGCAGCAGCAAGACUCCAGUGAUGACCGUGGACUGGUGCCACACCCUGCAGUGCGGCACCUCUGUUGCCGCCGCCCUGGAUGGCUCGGUCUCAGUGGCCACACUCAUGCACCAGUAACAUGCAGACAUGAGAUUUGUCGGUAUAUUGUGUCCUGAUUACCAAAGAGGUGAAGUUUCUUUUCUUUAUAAGACUCCAGGCAAGAUACUGGUUAAACACAUUCAACUCUUUCUGUUGAAUCUCUUGAUUUCAUGAUUCUGAGGCCUUACUUUUAUCAUGAUUGCAUUGUUUUACUGUAAUUAUUAAUUACAGAACUUAGACAAUGAAUAAUAAUACUUUGGUAUCUGUUACGUAAUACUCACUAUCACCACACAAGAAUUAGGUUUCAUUAUUAUGAAUGACUUAUGCAUUCCAUGAAUAUUAGUUUUUAAGGUAGCCUAAGUCACACAUACUUGAAAAUUAUUCAAUAUUGAAAAAUGUGAACUGAUUCUAUAUGAAUUAUUGUGAUUUUUUUAUAACAGUAGUUUGGAUAAGGAAAAUUUUACCAUUUAAUUGCCCACAAUGAUGAAUGGCUCUGUGGUAUUGAAAUUACCUGCUCAGGAAUAGCUUUUAAAACAGUGAAAACUUUCUUAAUUCCAGUGUAGGAAUGAAAAAACUGAAUGACAGAUUCAUCAAGUAGUCUAGUGUGCUAAACUAGAACAUUUACCCAUUAAGUGUGCAAGAUAUGCGGCUUGUGACCAUUUACGUACAUUUAUUGUGACGUAUCUUUUGGUGAUAUGAGAUGUGAUAUUUGAUCACUCCCGUGGAGGACUAGUGAGGCUGUCUGCCACUGUACUGAAUCACAGAGAGCUCUUGAAUGCAUAGGUUUAGUUGAUAAAACAGCAGUGUUUUGUCUUCUGUUGCACUUGUCAUGAAGCCUGUUGAGAAUUUCAUUGGUGGUAUUGGUGCCCUGGCACACAGCUUCUCAUGUGAAGGAAAGAAAAUAAAGGUGCAUUCUCUGCUCUGUGGCUCAGUGUUGUGUGCGACUCACAGUGGUGAACUAUUCUGUUGAGUCCUUUAUUAUUGAAGCUCUUUAUCUAUAUCUUGAUUUGUCACUUCUGACUGCCCCUUCAACAUGCAUUUCUUUAUUUUUAAGUAUUUUGAGAUUGUGGUAUGUUAAGUUACAUAUUGUAAGUUCAGCAGUAUAACUUAAUUUAUAACUAGUUAAUAGUUAUGCAUGAGUUGCAGAAUGCAAAACCAUUAAUAUUUUGUCUAUUUUUAGUGAAGGAUGUAAAUAAUUAGUAUGUACUGUAAAAUACAAGGAUUGUAUUGUGUUGUGUUGUGGUUGUACUGAUACUCAUGGAGAAGACUACAGGGGAAUUGUCUGUUGAAACCAAUGUGUACACCACUCUUCUUACUGCAUACCAAGCUCUUAUCCCCAUGACAGGAGUUAGCCAAGAUAGGGUGCACACACACACACACACACACACACACACACACACACACACACACACACACUCUCUCUCUCUCUCUCUCUCUCUCUCUCUCUCUCUCUCUCUCUCUCUCUCUCUCUCUC